GGCAGGUGCCGGAAGCGUCUCCAUAGCGGUCCCAGAGUGCGGUGGUGGUAGGAGCUCGCCGACGCCAUGGUGGAGGAGGUCCAAAAGCAUUCUGUGCACACACUUGUGUUCAGAUCUUUGAAGAGGACUCAUGAUAUGUUUGUAGCUGAUAAUGCCAAACCUAUCCCGUUAGAUGACGAAAGUCACAAAGUAAAGAUGGCAGUCAAGUUACGUACGGAGUAUGGCUCAGUAUUACACAUGCCUACUCUUAAAGAAAACUUGAGAGAGAAAGGAGGUCCAAACACCGGGGAUCCUUAUGGACACAAACAGUACUCUGGAAAUCAAGGACAAGAACUUGAGUAUUUAAUAACUGGCACACAUCCAUAUCCACCCGGGCCUGGUGUGGCUCUGACAGCAGAUACUAAGGUACAGAGAAUGCCUAGUGAAUCUGCAGCACAGUCCUUAGCUGUGGCACUUCCUGCUUCUCAAUCCAGGUUGGAUGCAAGUCGGACAGCUGCUGGUGUGGGUGAUAUUUACAGGCAUGCUGGAAUAUCUGAGCGUUCACAGCCUCCUGGGAUGUCUGUGGCUAUGGUGGAAGCUGGUGGAAACAAAAAUUCUGCAUUAAUGGCAAAGAAGGCUCCAACCAUGCCCAAACCUCAGUGGCAUCCACCUUGGAAACUGUACAGAGUUAUCAGUGGUCACCUGGGCUGGGUGAGAUGUAUUGCAGUAGAACCAGGAAAUCAGUGGUUUGUUACUGGCUCUGCUGACAGAACCAUAAAGAUCUGGGACCUUGCUAGUGGCAAAUUGAAAUUGUCUUUGACGGGGCACAUCAGUACUGUGCGAGGGGUGAUAGUAAGUGCAAGAAGUCCAUAUCUCUUUUCUUGUGGAGAAGACAAACAAGUGAAAUGCUGGGAUCUUGAAUACAAUAAGGUUAUUAGGCAUUACCAUGGUCAUCUCAGUGCUGUGUAUGGUUUAGAUCUGCAUCCAACAAUAGAUGUACUGGUAACAUGUAGCAGAGAUUCAACAGCACGAAUCUGGGAUGUAAGGACAAAAGCCAGCGUGCACACACUAUCAGGACACACAAAUGCAGUAGCGACAGUGAAGUGCCAGGCUGCAGAACCACAAAUUAUUACAGGCAGUCAUGAUACUACCAUACGGCUCUGGGAUUUAGUGGCAGGAAAAACUCGUGUUACUUUAACAAAUCACAAGAAAUCUGUUAGAGCAGUAGUGCUACACCCAAGACAUUACACAUUUGCAUCUGGUUCUCCAGAUAAUAUUAAGCAGUGGAAAUUCCCAGAUGGAAAUUUCAUUCAGAAUCUGUCUGGUCACAAUGCUAUUAUCAACACACUGGCUGUAAAUUCUGAUGGUGUUCUGGUCUCAGGAGCUGACAAUGGUACAAUGCAUCUUUGGGACUGGAGAACUGGAUACAAUUUCCAGAGAGUACACGCAGCUGUGCAGCCGGGCUCUUUGGACAGUGAAUCAGGAAUAUUUGCAUGUGUUUUUGACCAGUCAGAAAGCAGACUGCUAACUGCUGAAGCUGAUAAGACCAUCAAAGUAUACAAAGAAGAUGAUACUGCGACUGAAGAGACUCAUCCUGUCAGCUGGAAGCCAGAAAUUAUCAAGAGAAAGCGAUUUUAGUGCAGCAGGAUACUUAUACUAUAAUUUUGUUUUGGCUUUCCUGAAAACAUUCAGUCACAUUUUGUUCUGCCUAGAACAGCAGAGCAGGAAGUCAGCUAAGUCAUUGCUAUUUCAACAUGUUUUAUAAUAAAUCUUAUUUCUCUUCCCUUUUUGUCUUUUUUUUUGGUGUGAUCCCAGCAAACCAGUUGCAGCUGUUAACUUUCUCUUUGUGGAGCAUGUAUAGUUCAUGAAAAGGAUAGAUGUGCAGGUGGUUACUUUUUUGUAUGAAUCUACUGAGUGUAGGUCUAAAAAUAUUCUGAUGAGCCAAGUUUUCUGAAAGACCCUUGCUUGACUCCAGAAGUUAAUUGCAAGUUCAUGCAUAGAAGCCAUGUACUGGGAAUUUCUUGAUUGACUUUUAGAUUUUAGACCAGUAUAGCUUACUGUACAUAUGCUAAUAGUGUACUGCAAUGGAAUGGUAUAUAUACUAAAUUACAGAGUAACUGUAAUCAAGAAAGGAGCAGGACAGUAUAUAUAUAUUACCUUAUAAACGCAGCUACUGAGCAAUGCCAGUGCUUUAUUAUUGAAUGAAAUAGAUCUUCAAAGUGUUUCUUUCCUUAGGAAAGCUUUCGUAUGCAACUACUCAUCUUACUUCAUUUCAGAGCGGACCUCCUGUAGGAAGGACCACUGUCAAAUCAUACUGUUCACCAUCACCAUAGUGUUAGGACCAGUUGACUUCCUUUGUAAACCACCUGUUUGUUUUUUCAGCUAUCUAAAGUCUAUAUGACAGAGUACAAUUAACCUUUGAAACUGAGGUCUAAGAGAAAAAGCUGUUAAGUCAUCCCAGCCAUAAUUUUACAUGUUGCUGUCUCCCCAUGAUCUUCUGAAGGAAUUUAAAAUAAACAUUUCUGAAAGAAUUUGUACUCCUGAAGGGACAAAUCUUCAUUAUAUUUACAAACAGUCACAUAACACACAGUAAACAUAAAAGCCUCCUUGCUACAACUUUUCUGUGAUGUAUGUGGUGCUCUAAAGCGCUUUCUAUUCAUGGGGGAGAGAAGUGUUAAAGCCAUCAAACCAUCCAGUUGUUGUCAACUUUGAUAGCAGUUUUAAUAGGUGCAGCAGCAAGUUGCAUGCUGGGUAAGUGCUGAGAAUUGUUCUGUGGCCGCAGCAUUGAUAGCAAGCAGUUCACAAUAAUUAUUUCUGUUCUCUACCAGUCUGACUUUUUUCAAGCCUGGAAUUAAUGUUAGAGAAAUGACAGUUACUUGCACUGUAACUUACAAAAAGCUAGUAAAACUAAGUGUUGCUUAAAUUAUGAGAAUUUUUGUCUUUUUUGUGGUACUCUGGCAGUCUUGUACUUAUAAUUUGAAUGUUUGACAAUAGCAUUUUAAGGGAGUCCAUGCUGCAUAAAUACCUGUUUUUUGGUUGACAGCUAUUGUCUGAAGUAUCUUUACAAAAGAGAGAGUAUUUGGUAUUUACAAGUUGGACUAAACAUCUUUUAUUUUGGUAUUUACAAGUUGGAUUAAACAUCUUUUAUUUUGAUAAUUUUUUCUAGAUCUUUAUUGCAGCUGUUAGAAUUUUAACUAACAUAAUGGGGGAAAAUAUAGUUUGUGACUUAGGUGUAUUUUGUAUUACUGCUAAUGCUUCAUUCCAGAAGUCGAUGAAUUAUUGGCAUUACACAGAAGUUUCUUGCUCACUGUGAAAUCCCCUGAAGGUAACCAGAGUGGAGACAAAUAAUGCACUUGAAAAGGGGUGGGAUUGUUGUGAGGUUGUUUUUGGUUUUGUGAUUCUGGGGGGAUUGUGUUGUUGGAGGCUUUUUUAGUGUCUAUUUCUUGUGACAGUUUGAAGUCAGGAAAGGGAAAUCGGAGAUUUUGGCUUACAGUUCCAGCACAUCUCCUCUCCUUUAAAAACUGCGUUUAUUCCCCUAUCACUUUGAAGACUGAUCAGAAAGCCUCCUGCAGAACCUGUGCAUGGGUAAAUACCUGGUUUGCAAAAAUAGCUACUCAUUAUUUAGAAUAACACUUUUCCUUUUUGGUUCUAUAAUAAUGCUGUCCCAAUUCUAAAUAUCUGUCUUCUUUUUUUUUUUAAACUGUAUUCUUUAACAUUUGAUUUGCAUGUUCAUUUCCAUCCCAGCAGUGUUUUUCUUCCACUUGACAGUAAUGUGAAUAGCAUCACAUAUGUAGUAUUCAUGAUAUGUCAAAAAUAUUGGAUAUCAUUUAAGUUCUUCUCUAGCACAAUAGUGAAUUUAUACACAUAUAUCUGUUUGUGGAGGAUACACAGUGACAUUAGAUUUGUCCAUGUAAGUCACGAGGUAAAGCAAAAUAGGAGGGUCUGGUCCACUGGAUGUAUUGUUCAUGAUUCUGGAAAGUGUCACACUGCAAUGUCAGUUAAUAGGAGCCUAAUCUUGGAAAACAAUUGUAAUUUAAAACAUAAAAUUUUAUGUUAUCCUCUGUAUAUGAUUAAAUCAUACACAUUUCUACCACAAACCCUGAAUUUUGUUUUAUACUGUACAUAAUUGCAGAGAAGAAAAUGUUUUUUUUGUUUGUAACAUAAUUCAAAAAAGUGUAACUGGUAAAAUUGAGAGUUUUUAAGAUCACACUUUGCUGUAUACUGAAGCGUACAAUGUAAACUAUGGAGCUAGAAUGCUGCCAUUUGCUGGCAGCAUGAAAAUUGUGCAGAACGGUAUGUGUUUGGCAACUUAAAGACCUACAGAAGUAAAUCUGUAAUAGCCAGUUUCUUUUUAGUCCUGUUAGAUAAAAAUUUAAAGUGCUAUGCUGGAUAUAAGUGACAGCAAUUGAGCUAUCAAUAAAGCCUUCAAUACAA